CUUACAGUGAAUUCUCAGGUUCCAAAGAAAGUUGUCCAAACUUGCCUUUGGGAAAUGGCGAUAUGGCUGGUGCUAUCGAGCUGAAGAGGCCUGUUGGAACUCAUUGCCAUGGAAAAAAAGCAGCAUUCGUUGAGAGCCAUGAGAAACUCAUUGCAAAGAAGAAGCUGUACAUCGCCUCCAUAGUCUGUCUGGUUUUCAUGAUUGGAGAAGUUAUAGGUGGUUAUCUAGCACACAGCUUGGCCAUUAUGACCGAUGCGGCCCACCUUCUGACAGAUUUUGGCAGUAUGAUGGUCAGUCUUUUCUCCUUGUGGAUCUCCUCAAGGCCACCAACCAAGAUAAUGAACUUUGGCUGGCACAGAUCAGAGAUUCUGGGAGCCCUGAUCUCUGUGAUGUCCAUCUGGAUCGUGACUGGGGUGCUGGUGUAUCUUGCCAUUGAGAGGGUAGUAAAAAAUGAUUAUGAAAUCGAAGGCCAUGUGAUGCUCAUCACCUCAGGUUGUGCAGUCGUGGUCAACAUCAUAAUGGCCUACAUUCUGCACCAUUCCACGACCUUCCACAGUCACGGUUCAGGCUACCACAAGAUUGAUGAGAAUGGGAUGAGCCCUGUGGGCCAUGGCCACUCCCACAGCCUCCUGGGUAAUCAUGGGAACACCAGUGUCAGAGCAGCAUUUAUUCAUGUUUUGGGGGAUCUCUUACAGAGCUUUGGAGUGAUGGUGGCCGCCAUCAUUAUCUACUUCAGGCCAGAAUACAAAGUAGCCGAUCCCAUUUGCACUUUCCUCUUCUCCGUGUUCGUCCUGUGUACCACAACUACCAUCCUGAGAGAUGUCUUCCGCAUUCUCAUGGAGGGGGCACCCAAAGGUAUAGAGUUUAAUUCAGUGAAGGAGGUUCUGCUGUCUCUGAAAGCAGUGAAGGCCAUGCAUAGCCUACAUCUAUGGGCUCUCACCAUUGGCCAGAGUCUGCUGUCUGUUCACAUAGCUAUUGUUGACACAUAUCAUGAAAUCCUUCAGACCAAAUUUGGCUUUUACAGCACAACCAUUCAAGUGGAGCCUUAUUGCGAGGACAUGAUCCACUGCGCCCAGUGCCAGGACCCUAUGGACUAAGUUCUCCAAGCGCAUCGGUGAGAGGAGGCUGCCUGUAUAAAAUGUA